AUGUCUGACUCUGUUCUGCUGCGAGUUCUCCUCAUGUCACUGCUCGUGUGUCGCUCCCUGGCCCAGGAGGACGCCACCACCACCGACCUGGACAUGACCACCGCCAAUCAAACGGAGGCGACCACCUCCUUCACCCCGGCGACCUCUGAGACGGUGGAGGACACCCUCCUCCUGACCCUAACCACCCCGUCCAUGGUGGAGGUGGAGGAGGAAACGGUCUCGUCGACGGGCAUGCGCUGCCAGGGCUACUACGACGUGAUGGGCCAGUGGGACCCGCCGUUCAACUGCACGGCGGGCGUAUUCCUCUACUGCUGCGGCACCUGCUUCUACCGCUUCUGCUGCCAGUUCCGCCAGCAGCGGCUCGACCAGACGUCCUGCUCCAACUACGACACGCCGCUCUGGGCCAACACGGGCAAGCCCGUGGUCACCGUCACCGACCAGGCCGACGUGGAGCGCGACCGCACGCACAUGAUCGUCUACAUCAUCUGCGGCGUGGUGGCCAUCAUGGUGCUGGUGGGCAUCUUCACCAAGCUGGGCCUGGAGAGGAGCCGAGGAGGGCAGAACGACCUGAGCAACAGCAGGUGA